GAAAUACGUCGAGAGUUACGACGCCGGCGAACAAUUUAUUUCAAUUAUCAUGAGUAAGCUCACUAGACAAGCUGUGUGUAAUCGCUUUGUGUAGAGGAAUAUUUGAACUAUAUAAUUUGUCGAUAGGAGGUCAUAAACGAGUGUCGUGUAUCAAAUAAUGGUUUGGGAUGGAACAUUAGUGACAUCUCGUCUUGCAACCUUGGUUAUGGUUACGAGAAAAAGUGUAUUUUGAAAAUAUAUCCAAGUGUUUUCUUCUGGAAAACGUUUGUGGGAUAUUUAAUAUACUGUGCAGUGGUGGUUUAACGCUGUGUUUCGUUAAAUCGGUGUUAUGUCGGGAGGAAGAAGUAUCGACAAGGAGCGCAAGUCGCCCAGGGAAAGCGGGGAGGACUCCGAGGAUGAGAGCGAAAUUCUUGAAGAGAGCCCCUGCGGCCGCUGGCUCAAACGCCGUGAAGAGGUGGAGCAGCGCGAUGUUCCGGGUAUCGACUGCGCACACCUCGCCAUGGACACCGAGGAGGGCGUCGAGGUCGUGUGGAACGAGGUGCAGUUCUCCGAGCGCAAGAACUUCAAGGCGCAGGAGGACAAGAUUCAGCUCGUGUUCGACAACCUCACGCGGCUCGAGCACCCCAACAUCGUCAAGUUCCACCGCUACUGGACCGACACGCACAACGAUAAGCCCAGAGUGAUAUUCAUAACGGAGUACAUGUCGUGCGGCUCGCUGAAGCAGUUUCUGAAGCGCACUAAGCGCAACGUGAAGCGGCUGCCGCUGCAGGCCUGGAAGCGCUGGUGCACGCAGAUUCUCUCCGCCCUCAGUUACCUUCACGGCUGCGUGCCGCCCAUCGUGCACGGCAAUCUGACCUGCGACACCAUCUUCAUCCAACACAACGGCCUCGUGAAAAUCGGCUCCGUGGCGCCCGACGCCAUCCAUCACCACGUCAAGACCUGCCGCGAGAACAUGCGCAACAUGCACCUCAUCGCGCCCGAGUACGGAUCAUCGCAAAUGGUGACGCCAGCAAUGGAUAUCUACUCAUUCGGAAUGUGCGCGCUGGAGACGGCCGCUCUCGAAAUUCAGGGCAACGGUGACUCGGGCAGCCACGUAACGGAGGAGCACAUCGUAAGGACGGUCGAGUCGUUGGAGGAGCCGAGGCAGAAGGACUUCAUAUACAGGUGUAUAAAUAAGGAUCCAGCGAAAAGGCCGACGGCGAGGGAACUUCUCUUCCACCCCCUUCUCUUCGAGGUCCAUUCCCUGAAGCUGUUGGCGGCGCACACGCUCGUCAACACAACUGCGAACAUCUCCGAGACGAUAACGGACGAGGUGGUGUGCGGUGGGACGGGGACGGGGGCGCUCGCGUGGUGCGUCCGCAACGGACAGCGCUGCGAGUUGGCGGCGCGGGACUUGCAGCCGCACGCAGAGAAACUCGAGAAGUUCGUCGAGGACGUCAAGUACGGCAUCUACCCGCUGACGGCGUACGCGUGGGGCGGACGUCGCGCCGCCUCCCCGUGCGAGCGCGCGGCGGAGAGCGCGCCCGCCUCGCCCGAGCCCCGCGACCUCGAGACUCGCCGCGUCGUCAACAUGAUGUGCAGCCUCAAGCCUCGCGCCCACCACGACGCCCACGACCUCCUGAUGACGAUCUUGCUGCGCAUGGACGACAAGAUGAACCGGCAGCUGACCUGCGCCGUCUCGCGCCGGGACUCCGCGCCCGCGCUCGCACACGAGCUCGUGCAGCUCGGCUUCAUACACGAGGCGGACCGCGACAAGCUGUGCCGGCUGAUAGAGGAGUCUCUGCGCGGCAGCUUCGGCCAGUGCGCCCCGCCCCCCACCCCGCGCCCUCAGCAGGUCGCCAGCUAGUACCUCCGCGUCCACACCCCGCCCGCACCACCUCGCCCGCGCCCACAGCAGCGCCCACAGCCGCGCCCACAGCAGCGCCCACAGCCGCGCCCACAGUCGUGCCCACAGCCGUUCGCUUCCUACUGACCUAGCAGUAGUAUGUGGAGACAAACGAGUCGUCUUCAACUUUGUGAAAUACAAAAAAAAUCGUAUUUAUUUGAGCAUUAUCUUGAAAUUUUUUAAUGUGAAUGUACGACGGCUAUAUCAUAUCUCCCGCUUUUUUCCUUAAUGAAAAAGUGUAGGCAGAUUAAAAAUAUCAUUUGGUAGUUUCAAAAUCGUACAAUUCUUCACAAAUUAUUCAUCUUAAGAAAUAACAUAACAAA